CGCCCCAAAGGAAUCGCCCCUCUCGCGACCAAGGACAUCAGUAGCUCCUAAUCAGGCAGCUGAUUCGAACGCCGGACGCUGCAGGAUUCAUCGGAAAAUUACCCUACACGCUCCCUACCGAAAGGAGCUCGAGCCUGAGCUGACCAGACACGACGAAAGCGUCAAAUAGCCGGGCCGCACUCACGGUCCACGUCGUCUUACUCGCUUUCAUCCGUUUCAAAGACCUCUUCAUACCCCCGGCGCUGCGUUGUCUUUCACCCAUGCUCCCCCCAACAUCAGCAACGCAGCAAGCUGUCGCUCCAAUGCGUUGUGCGCACAGAGUCAGCUUUGGGCCUCGGCCGCGGCGCUAUUCACCUGCAAGGCGUCACACCGUCUUUCAUGUGGUCAUUCUACUUCUCACAAUCAGCAUUGGAUCCCUUUUGGCGUCCACACUUCCUUCCACAAGUCCCGGUAGGCACCGCGAGACUGGACAGCGACGCGUGCUUAGCGAUGCAUCCGUGACGCGAGAUCGGCCUCGCAUGCAAGCUGGACGACAAGAUGGCCCGCUCGCAGGUGUCUCAGUGCAAGCGGAUGUCAACUUGUCGACUCAGGUAGACGUGGGAAAAAAUAUUUCUGGUGUGGACGUCUCCAUCACGGCCCAAAUAGGGUCGAAUAGCAACCUCGUCCUCAACACCACAUCAGGACUCUUCAGCGGCGCGUACGACAAAGACCGCAAGCAGUACCGAUGGCUCGCCAUUCCGUAUGCAGCUAGUACAGCGGGAGACAACAGGUGGAAACCUGCUCAACCUUUCGUCCCACCAAAAGAUUUGCUGAAGACUCCAAGGCCAGCGACAUCUUUUGGACAAAGCUGCCCACAAUUCGUCACGCGCGCUGCACAGACCGGUCUGGCUUGGUCCGGCACCGUCACUCCCUCCAAUCAGGGUGAGGAUUGCUUGUCCAUCUCCAUCUUCACCAGCAGUGAGGUGCGUCGAAAUGCCACCCGACCCGACUACGCUGGCAGUCCCAUCUUUGUCUGGCUAUACGGAGGCUCGUUCUUGUUUGGCUCGCAGGAAAACAAGCUCAUCGAUCCUGCACCAAUCCUUGCAAGACACCCCGACGUGGUAUUCAUCACCUUCAACUACCGCACAAAUGCUUUUGGCUUUCCUCAAGCUCCUCAGCUCGAGGAGCAAAAUUUGGGCCUGCACGACCGUGAUUCUGCUCUCGAUUGGAUUCGGGCAAAUGCGCGUUCGUUCGGAGGCAAUCCGGAUCGCAUCACCCUGGCGGGUCAGUCAGCCGGUGCCGCAGCAGUCGACAGCUGGGCUUUCGCGCAUAGCGGAGAGGAUGGGUUGCCGUCGUACAAAGGGACAGGAGUGCAAAGCUUGAUCAUCCAAUCCGGCGCGGUCUCGGGCCUGGGACAAUACGUCGAGGCGCUUGGUGGCCGUGCAAUGGCGAAAGUUCAGCCUCAGUGGAGCGCUCUGGUCGCUGCGGCUGGGUGCCAGAGCUUCCCAAACCUCGACGACGCGGAGAUGGCUUGCAUGAGAGGAAAGAGUUGGCAAGAUAUCAUCGCCGCCCAACAUACUCUGGGCGUCGCUUUCGGGCCUAUCAACGACGGCAAGCGAUGGUUCGCGGACUCUGCCGUGCGCUCGGCACAGGGCAAAUUCGCAAAGGUGCCCAUCCUGCUCGGUACCAAUGAUCAAGAGGGCACUAUACUGUGCGCUUCGCAAUCAGAUCUAGCAAACAGUCUCUACAACGAUGUGGCCCUUCCAUUCACUUUCGUGUGUCCCGCAACGACUGAAGCUUCGGAUCGCAUCAAGGCUGGCGUGCCAGCCUGGCAGUACAAGUACGGUGCCAAUUGGGACGACAUUAACUCUGGACGAAAGGCGCUUGGAGCCUAUCAUCAGGCUGAAAUCCCGAUCCUGUUUGGCAAUUUUGGCACGACGCCGAUCGCGGUCGCCACGGGUGCUAAUGCGGGGCCGCGCCAAGUUUCGGUACCCCAUGCCGAGAGGGAAGUCAGUCGCUUCAUGAUGGACGCGUGGAUGUCCUUCGUUCGUGAUCCUCAACGCGGACCGACCACACUAGGCUGGCCAGUCUUCGAUCGUCGACAACCCACCGUGGCGCACAUUGGUUUGCGCAACAGUGGCACCGUCUCCUACACUAGACCAAUCGAUUCAGAGCAAGCAUGCCUCGCUGUCGGCGAUGCUGAGCGAGCAAUCUUGAGGUUCUUGAAGGCCACGGUUGGCGCCUUUGUCUAAGCUUUCCGCAGUCUUAUACGUACAGCCGCGAAGUUGCUCUUGCUUUUCACCUGCCCCUGUCACCAAAGUCACAUUCACGAUUGUUGUACAAGAUCUUCGAGCGCCAUGAAUAUAUCUUUAGUCUGUCAACGUCGGCUGACAUUCAGCUUUGAGUAUCGAACGAGACUUGGAUACAUUAGUGCUGGACCUCAGCCUGUGAGCUGGCAAAGGUUGCGCGCUGCCGGCGCCCAUUAGGCUCGCCCAGAC